GUCUGCAUCAUUGCUGACCGGGUGCAACCCCUCGCGUUCACAGGCUCUCGCGCUGGCUCGCCUCGUUCAUCGCGGCAUGGCUGAGCCUGAGGCUGCUGCAGUCCAAACAGAGCCCAAGCUUCACCGAGGUUAAGCCGGGGCUGAAGGGGCGUACCCAGACCGUCCGCUACGCCGGCCGCACCCUCGACCUUACCUUCCUCGCCGUGACCCGGGCGCUGGACGUAGUCGUCGGCGAGCUCUGGCGGCGCCGCAGGGUACGUCGCCAGGCCACAGGGCAGUGGACCCGCCUCGAGCGCGCCGUCUCCCGCCUGGCCGACCCGGCCCUCUUCGCCCUCUCCAGCGGCCUCAUCAUGUGGACCUGGAUCUACCUGCCCUCGCGGCUGCCGCGCGCCUACAACAAGUGGAUCGCCUCGGCCGCCGCCGUCGACGCGCGCCUCAUCACCGCCCUCCAGCGCUGCCGCGAGGGCAGCCUGGUCUACGGCAAGGACACGGGCCAGGCGCCGCUGCUGGGCUCCAUGUGCGCCGACUACGGCUGGCCGGCCGCCUGGGGAGACCCGGCACAGUCGGUGCCGUUCCCUUGCGAGAUGGUGCACAUGGGCUGCGGGCCCUCGUGCGAGUACCACGCCCUGUCGCGCUUCGUCCGUUCCUUCCGCUGGGCCAUGACGACCUACCUGCCUCUCACCCUGCUCCUGGCAGCACGCGGCGGCCGCGGCGGCGCCGCCAAGGCUCUGCGCAGGGCCCUCUUGUCCGCCUCCCGCUCGUCCGCCUUCCUCGCCACCUUCAUCACGCUCUUCUACUACGGCGUCUGCCUGGCCCGCACGCGACUGGGCCCGCGCGUCCUCGGCAGGGACGCGGCCGCGUGCCAGCGCGUCGACGGCGGCCUCUGCGUCGCCGCCGGGUGCGUGCUGUGCGGCUGGAGCAUCCUGCUCGAGAACGCCGCCCGGCGCAAGGACAUCGCCCUCUUCGUCGCGCCCCGCGCCAUGGCCACCCUGUUCCCCCGCCGGUACCCCCUGGACGAGCAGUGGCGGGAGACGCUCGCGUUCGCGGCGAGCGCCGCGGUCGUGAUGGCCGCUUUUGCCGAGAAUCGGGCCUCGGUGCGGGGCGUGGCCGGCGGUGUGCUGGGUUGGGUGUUUCGGGAGUGAGUGACCUUGGGGCGUAGCGGGUUGGUUAUAAUGCAGCCGUAGUGAUAGUGGUGUGUCUGUACAUCAUGUUUUUCCUUGUUUUCCUGGGGAGCGUGUAUGUACAUGUGUGUAAUAGUUUCCAUAGAGUGGUACGGAGUAGAGGCGCCUCUGUAACUGUAGCGGGCUUGGGCUGUUAGAGAGUAGCAUGUACCAAGUAAUUGGGGAAACAAAAAAAAAGGGGGCAUAUAUAGAAUAGUGUCAUUUAGAUGGUUCGGUAGGGCUUUGUAGAUUAUCUUUGCUGGUGGCAGAUUCUACAGGUCAGCCCAGCUGGGCGUGCGAGGAGACGGCAAGGUGUCGCCAUCCAUUUGAAGCUUAAUUCCAAGUCGUAUUACUAGCCUAACAAAGGUUUCC